AUGGGGAUUGUUUGGUCUCAGUUCUUUCCGCCAAAACCAACACUCACGGAGGCCAAUCUGCCCAGUCAGAAAGGCAAGGUCUUUAUAGUUACAGGCGGCUAUUCAGGCGUGGGCUUCGAACUAUGCAAGAUUCUAUACCAGGCUGGAGGUAAAGUGUAUCUUGCAGGCCGCUCCGAAGAGAAAGCCCUCCAGGUGAUCGAAGACAUCAAAACUGGAAGCCCCAAUUCCGAAGGCGAUAUCGUGUUUCUCCCCCUCCACCUCGAUGACUUGACCACCAUCAAACCCGCCGUGGAGAAAUUCACUAGCGUCGAGCCUCGACUGGACGUGCUGUUCAAUAACGCCGGUGUUUCCAAUCCCCCACAGGAUUCUAUAUCACCACAGGGCCACGAGCUACAGCUGGCGACAAACUGUCUCGGCCCCCACCUGCUCACCCAGCUCCUCCUACCAACCCUCCAGAAAACGUCCCGCAACGAAGCCCCCGCCUCUGUCCGUGUAAUCUGGCUAUCAUCCAUCGUCGUUGACACUUCCGCGCCCGCGAACGGAGUGAACCUGGACGAGCUCCUGCGACGAGACGCCGGCUUCAACCGCAACUAUGAAAACACCAAAGUCGGGAAUUGGUUUUUAGCCAAUGAUCUAGCAAAGCAGGCUGGGUCAGACGGUAUUUUGAGUGUGGUCGUUAACCCGGGAAACCUGAAAUCAAAUCUGACUCGCCAUUUAUCGUCGUGGGUGCCUUUCCUUGUGGCGCCAUUGUUGUAUCCUCCUAUCAUGGGCGCUUAUAGCGAGCUUUGGGCUGCGCUUUCUCCGGAACUUAAGAUAUCGGAUGGAGGGAAGUAUAUUUUACCCUGGGGACGACUUCAUCCAAAGCCCAGAGAGGAUCUGUUGCGAGCGAUGAGACUGAAGGAAGACGGGGGUACAGGCGAUGCAGCAUUGUUCAUCCAGUACUGUCAUGAUCAGAUUGUGGAGUUCAAGUAG